AUGGAAGAAGCUUCACGCAAGCAAAUGAUUCAGUUUGAUGAAACAUUGUUUGAGCCAUACGGACGUAUGAUAAGCCGAGACUUCCAAACUUGCGGAUCCAAUCGAACCAGUCUUUUUGACUGUCCUAUGAAAUUGGGUCACAUGAGCCCAAGGAUCAUCAAGAUCAAGGAUGGUGUUUCGGACAUAUCGCCAUGUCGGCUCAAGUGA